UGAUGGACAAUACGGACGAGGAUGAUGAGCCCUUAGUAUUUAAACGGAGCAGCUCAUCAUCAAAGCAAAACCAAUCAAAUCCACAGGUGCAAAAGUCAUCUUUAUCUCAAAAGCUUGACCGAUUAGGAAGGCCAAUGCCCGAUGUGCGAUCUCAAAAUGGUCAAAGUUCCGGGCUUCAAAAGGGAAAUGUUAAUUUAUGGAUGAAGGUGGAGAAGCGAUCGUCUGGGCCUUCUGCUGAUCCAUAUGACUCUGAUGAUUCGGAAGAUGAUAAACCACUUAGUGCUAGGCUUCCUACUGGCUUAUCAAGGAUCAACUCGAACAAUGCCAGCAAAGGAUCCAGUGCUUCACGUUUGGGUCAAAAGCCAAGCAUCCCCAAACAGGAAAAUUCUGAUGAUGAAAAGCCUUUGUCAUACAAGGUCCAAUUGAAGACUAAUGUAGGGACAUCCAGUAGCAAGUCCUAUGAUUCAGAUGAAGAAAAGCCCCUUGCAGCAAAAAAUAACGAAAAUGGAUCUGCCGUACGUGAUAGUGGUUUAAAUAAACCUUCAACUGUGCUAAGUAAGAGAUCUGCCAGCGAGGUAAAGUCUGCUGGGCAAGCUUCUAUGAAAAAGCAUAAGCUUUCUGUUGCAUCAGUGCCUAUUAAUAAUAAGCAAGCAUCUGUUAAAGCUGAGCAGAAAGUAGAGGAUGAUGAUGACCAUGUUCCCAUAUCUCAGAGAUUGAAGAUACCGGCUGCUUCAGAUAAGAAAUCAUCAGCCGUUAAGAAAGUAACGAAAGUUGUUUCUUCUUCACUCAAUAAAACAAAUAAGAAAUCAAAGAAGGUGAUGAAACAAUCUCAGUACAUUAAGUCAUCAAAGGUUCCUCCAGGCUCUGGUGAAGGGCAGAAAUGGACUACCUUGAUUCACAAUGGUGUGAUAUUUCCACCUCCAUACCAGCCUCAUGGGGUUAAGAUUCUCUACAAGGGGAAGCCUGUUGACUUAACACCCGAACAAGAGGAGGUGAAUAUCACUCUCUCUCACACAACACACACUGUUACUAACUUUUCUUUAGUUCAUUGUGUCUAUAUCUUCAAAAAAAUUGUCUUCAGAUU